AUGCAGUCGAUUUUACCAUUUUACCAAUCCAGUUGGCAAGAUUUUGUGGUAUUCAAGUGUUUGGUGUAAUCUGUCUUCCUCUGUGUCUUGCUUUACCUGUGCAUUUUGUAACCAUGAUUGAACCUAUCUCUCUUACUUAGUGUUGGUUUUUACCUUGUCUCAGUGUUGUCAGUUCUGUUGGCAUUUCAAAAAUUCAUUAAAUUUGAAAAUAUUUUUAUGUAUGAGGUAUGUUGUAUACUUCCCCAAAUGGCAACUUUAUUCAUGACUGAAAUCUAAUUAAGCCUAGUGUACUUCCUGCAGUUUCAACCCCCAUAUAUUUACAGACAGAAUGAGGAGGUGACAAGACACUCCUUUAUUUCUUGCUGCCCUUCCAGUCGGCCCUUGGACCACUACGCAUUUCUAUCUGGAAGGUUGCUUCUCCACAGUGAUUUCGCAUUACAGGAGGGUUUUCCUUCUUUGUUCUCAGACCUGGCCCUGUAGACGAGAAGGAGCCUGGACACAGUGACACAUUCACAAAGGCCCUGCAGGACCACCAUGGCUUAUGAUGACUCCAUGAAGAAAGAAGAUUGCUUUGAUGGUGAUCAUACUUUUGAGGACAUAGGACUUGCAGCUGGCCGAAGCCAACGAGAAAAGAAACGAUCUUAUAAAGAUUUUUUAAGGGAAGAGGAAGAAAUUGCUGCUCAGGUCAGGAAUUCUUCCAAGAAGAAGUUAAAGGAUAGCGAACUUUACUUCUUGGGGACGGACACGCACAAGAAGAAGAGGAAGCACUCCUCUGAUGAUUACUACUAUGGAGGGCAGUGGUUCUUGUUCUGAGUGCCGAUAAACCAGUGUGGAGGAGGAGAGAGGUGGAGGGCUGGUAAUUUGGAGGAUUCAGCAUAGAAGAACAGUCUUCAUUUGUGAUACACCAGACAUUUCGUCUUUGGAAUCAUCACAGAAGAAAAAGAAAAAAUCCAGCCCACAGUCUGCUGAUACAGCUAUGGAUCUAUUGAAAGCUAUCACUUCCCCUCUGGCAGCAGGCUCCAAGCCCUCCAAAAAGACUGGGGAGAAAUCCUCUAGCUCUUCCAGCCAUUCAGAAAGUAAAAAGGAACACCAACACCACAGAAAGAAAGUAAGUGGAAGCAGUGGAGAACUUUCCCUGGAGGAUAGUGGCUCCCACAAAUCCAAAAAAAUGAAACCGCUAUAUGUGAACACAGAGACACUGACCCUUCGUGAGCCUGAUGGUUUAAAGAUGAAACUUAUUCUCUCACCAAAGGAAAAGGGAAGCAGUUCAGUUGAUGAGGAGUCUUUUCAGUAUCCCUCUCAACAAGUGACUGUGAAAAAAUCCUCAAAGAAAUCAGCUCGGGAUGAGCAAGGUGCUUUACUCUUAGGACACGAGCUACAGAGCUUUCUGAAAACAGCCCGGAAGAAGCACAAGUCAUCCUCGGACCCACAUUCACCUCCUGACCCUGAAGGAUGUGGGUCGGACACCUCCCAGUUCCCAGAGUCCCACAGUGCUAACCUUGAUCUUUCAGGGCUUGAACCUAUUCUAGUAGAAUCAGACUCAUCCUCUGGAGGGGAACUAGAGGCUGGGGAGUUAGUGAUAGAUGAUUCUUACCGGGAAAUCAAGAAGAAAAAGAAGUCAAAGAAGAGCAAAAAGAAGAAGGACAAGGAGAAGCAUAAAGAGAAGCGACACUCCAAGUCCAAGAGAAGUUCAGGACUUUCUGCUGCACCGGUGGGAGAGGUCACAGCGACACCUGGCCCUCCUCCCAGUGUCCCGUACCCUGGAGUAGCUGCCCCUCCCCCACCACUUCCUGUCCUCCACACAGAUGGGCAUAGUGAGAAAAAAAAGAAAAAAGAAGAGAAGGACAAAGAGCGAGAGAGAGGAGAAAAGCCAAAAAAGAAGAACAUGUCAGCCUACCAGGUGUUCUGUAAAGAGUAUCGUGUGACCAUUGUUGCUGACCAUCCAGGAAUAGAUUUUGGAGAACUUAGUAAAAAACUAGCUGAGGUGUGGAAGCAAUUGCCAGAAAAGGACAAACUAAUUUGGAAGCAAAAAGCUCAAUAUCUGCAGCACAAACAGAACAAGGCAGAAGCUACAACUGUGAAAAGAAAAGCUUCCAGCUCAGAAGGUUCCAUGAAAGUAAAAGCUGCUUCUGCAGGAGUCGUGUCACCCCAAAAGAAGUCCCCACCCACCACCAUGCUGUUUCCAGCCUCGCCAGCCAAAGCCCCUGAGACAGAGCCCAUUGAUGUUGCUGCUCAUCUUCAGCUGCUGGGAGAAUCCCUAAGCCUCAUUGGACACCGCCUGCAGGAAACUGAGGGCAUGGUGGCUGUGUCUGGCAGUUUGUCAGUGCUUCUGGAUUCCAUUAUCUGCGCACUUGGCCCCUUGGCGUGUCUGACCACACAACUACCUGAAUUGAAUGGUUGUCCCAAACAAGUCUUGUCAAAUACACUAGACAACAUUGCUUACAUCAUGCCUGGACUGUGACAGCAAAGAAUCCUGGGACAGAAUCCUUAUCCUCCACCGCUGCUGGUUUGUGUAUAUAUGACUGUUCCAGAUCACUCUGGGCCUCUGGGUAUAGGUUUUAAAUUUUUAUAUCUAUACAUAUAUAUAUAUAUAUAUAAAUGUACAAUAUAUACAUAGGACUGUAACUACUUUACUUUUAAUAAUUUUAUGAAAUGGCAAAGGUUUAGCCAAGGGGAAACUUUGGCAUGAAUAUGGGCUUGGGAUUCUUUUUCUCCUGUGGUGGAUAAAUCUGCCUUAAAAAUCAGUGUAACUUGGGGGCUGGGGUCUUGUUCUGGGUGCCAAGUGCAUCUCUUUAUGAACAGCUAAAAUUGGAUUUUUUUUCCAAAUGUAGUUGGACCUCCAGACCCAUCACUGACCAUUUGCCUUACCUGUCUUACAGUCUAAAAUGUAAUGGGAGAGAUUAGGGAAGGAUGCCAGUUGACUGAAAGUAUAAAGCCUUUCAAUUUUAAGUGACUGAAGUGGGAAGCGGUAAAACUGUUCCCAUUAUAGUUAUUGAGAUGGCUUAGGUGAACUGAAUAGGGGUUCAUUCCAAUUCCUACUAUGCCAGUGUCCAUGUCUCAAAAUGUACUGUUAUCAUUGGUACCAUUGGUAGUUUCAGCAGAGGCCAAGGAGUUAUGUGAGCCCUGGCAACAAAAAAUACCUUGGAGGAAGUAAAGCUGUCGAUGCUACCAGUUUAACCGAAUCUAUUCUGAGCUGAGCCAGAAUAUUUGGUCUGUAAAACUAAGAGCUGGUAUCUUUCAUAGGUAGCAUUAAGUUAGCCUCCAAGUCCUACAAGCUGUACUGCUUAGUUGCCAGGUGAUUGUGGAUAAAUUUUGCCCAGGAUGAUUCUUGGUUUCAUCUUAGUGGUUCCUCUGGCGGGCAGAUAUGCAGUGUUCUGCAUUCCACAUAUAAGUGAAUGGCAAAAAAAAAAAAAAAAAAAAAAAGUACUCGAUUCUCAUGUAGGUUUAUUUAUGUGUGUGUGAAUGUGUAUUUUGUGUAUUUAACUCUUUAAAAUCUCCUAGAUUUUAAUUUAUCCUGUAAAUUUCUGUAUAUAUAAUUUAAUAACAAAAGCCUCCACCAGCAAUAGCAUGUGGAAGAUACAUAUUUGUCAUUUCUCCCUUCCUUUCUUCCUCUGAUCUGUUCCGAAAACUCCAAAUCAUCUACGUUUUAAGGUAUUGUACCUCAAAAAGGAAUCAAUAUGUUACAAUCCGAGUUUUUUUAUAAGGAACUUCAUGGCCUUCAAUAAUGUCAGGAAAGUAAAAUAAAAAAGAAUGUUACCAUUCCCAGCUGCCCUUAUUUCCAAAGAACCAGAUUCUUGCUUCCCAGUUGGAAAGAAGAUAGUUGAGCACUUCAGGGUUGUUUUUAAAUUUGUUGUGAGAUUCCCUGCCAAAACCAAGCUCUGAGGUAACGUGCUUUCUUCUCCAGACCUAGACAGAGCACUACAGCAUCAAAGUAAAUCUUUGGGCACAGUGCAACAAGGCUGCAUCCUGUUUCAUUCCUUCCCUUCUUCCCACCAGUGUUGUCACAGAGCUGUGCUGCUUAAAGGUAUU